GUGGAGAAUCAUGAAUUUCUCGUCAAGGCUUCUUUUGAUCCUAAUUUGACAGAAUUAAGAGAGAAGAUGAAUGAACUGGAAGAAAAAAUGCAGUCCUUGUUAAAAAGUGCAGCAAAAGAACUAGGUUUGGAAGCCGGCAAAAGUAUCAAACUGGAGACAAAUUCACAGUUUGGACAUCACUUUCGAAUAACUUGCAAGGAGGAAAAAGUUCUCCGUAACAAUUCAAAAUACGAAAUAGUUGAUACACAGAAGAAUGGUGUGAAAUUUACUAACAGCAAACUGAGCUCCGUCAAUGAUGAAUAUAUAAAGAACAGAGAAGAGUAUGAAGAGGCUCAGGAUGCAAUUGUUAAGGAAAUCAUUAACAUUGCUUCAGGUUAUGCAGAACCAAUACAGACGAUGAAUGAUGUGAUAGCCCAAUUAGAUGCAAUUGUCAGUUUUGCUCAUGUGUCAAAUGGAGCACCAGUGCCGUAUGUCCGUCCUGUCAUUCUGGAAAAGGGACAAGGAAGGAUUGUGCUGAAAGGUGCCAGGCAUCCUUGCAUCGAAGUACAAGAUGAGGUGGCCUUCAUCCCCAAUGACGUUACGUUUGAGAAGGGCAAGCAGAUGUUCCACAUUAUUACUGGCCCGAACAUGGGUGGAAAAUCAACCUACAUCCGACAGACAGGGGUGAUUGUUCUUAUGGCCCAGAUUGGGUGUUUUGUACCAUGUGAUGCUGCAGAAGUAACCAUCGUGGAUUGUAUCCUGGCUCGGGUGGGAGCUGGAGACAGUCAGCUGAAAGGCGUGUCUACUUUCAUGGCUGAAAUGUUAGAAACUGCUUCAAUCCUGAGGACAGCAUCUGAAAACUCCCUGAUAAUCAUUGAUGAGCUGGGAAGAGGAACUUCUACCUACGAUGGCUUUGGCUUAGCAUGGGCUAUUUCAGAAUACAUUGCUAGCAAAAUCUGUGCUUUCUGUAUGUUUGCUACACAUUUUCAUGAACUGACAGCUCUUGCUGACCAAGUGCCAACAGUAAAUAACCUACAUGUUACCGCUCUGACCAGUGACGACACGCUGACGAUGCUUUAUCGUGUCAAGGAAGGUGUUUGUGACCAGAGUUUUGGAAUACAUGUAGCAGAGUUGGCGGCUUUCCCAAAACAUGUGAUAGAAAGUGCAAGAGAGAAAGCAUUGGAACUGGAGGAGUUUCAAAACAUUGGCAAGUCCAGGGAAUCUGAAGGAGAACCACCAGCCAAGAAAUUCUGCAAAGAAAGAGAGGAAGGUGAAAAUAUAAUUCAGGAUUUUCUUUGUCAAGUGAAAGCAUUGCCCCUGACAGAUAUGUCAGAAGACGACAUCAAAAUCAAGCUGAAACAACUGAGAAAUGAUGUGUUGGCAAAGAACAACAGUUUUGUGAAUGAAAUAAUUUCUCGAACAAAAGUUACAUCAUGAAAGGUGUGAGAACAGGAUACAGCUCUGGAAGCAUGUUUUACAUUGCAAGAACUAUCAUUUUCUUGUCUUGUAGCUUUUAUACUUUGUGAUACCUGUACUGAUUUAUGUAGGCUUUUUUUUUUUCCUUUUUCUUGGAUUGUAAUUAUUUUGUAAAAAAUUCUGAGCACAUUCUGUG